UAUCUUUCUCUCAGUGGAUCUAAGCGAGCACAAUGAAGGGUCUUUUAUUUGUGCUCUGUGUUAUAUAUGUGUUGUCAGAGACUGAAGCUCAGGAUAAAACGUACCUCAUUACAGCACCCAAAGUUCUGAGAGUUGAUGCGUCUGAGAAUGUGGUGGUGCAGUUGUUUGGCUAUAAUGAAGAAACCAAAGUAACCCUUAAACUUAAAGAAAAUCUGGCAACUGACGAAACUUAUGCAAAUCAAAUUGUGACACUCAACGCCAACAAUAAUUAUCAAGAGAAAGCUACUCUGCGGGUUUUCCCAAACAUUGAUCAAAAGAUCACUAGUCUCUACCUGCAGGCCCUAUCUCCUACCUUCAGCAAUGCCAUAAAAAUACCAAUCAUUCACAAAAAUGGUUUUCUCUUCAUCCAGACUGAUAAACCACUAUACACCCCGGAACAGGAAGUUGAGGUGCGAGUGUACUCUUUGAAUGAAGAGCUGAGAAUGACUGGCAGACCUGUUUUUCUCACGUUCAGGGACCCAAAUGGCUUUAAAGUGGAAGUUAUCGAGAUAAAUGACAUCAUUGGUGUGAAACCAAUAGUUCCACCAUUCAAAGUACCUGCGAAACCUGAUUUAGGGGUCUGGAAAAUUGAAGCAAAUUAUGUUACUAACUUCACUACAACUGCCGUGACUGAAUUCGAGGUCAAAGAAUAUGUAUUGCCCAGCAUCUCAGUCCGCAUCCAGCCAGAAAAGAACUACGUUAGCAUAGCAAAUGUUGAGGCCUUCAAACUGAAGAUAUUUGCCAACUAUGUCAGUGGGAAACUAGUUAAAUCAGCUGAUGUCUACAUACAUUUUGGAUACAUCAGCAAAAAAGAAGUGGUCAUGAUAUCAAAAUCAUUGAGACACUAUCAGUUGAAUAAUGGUCAAGUGGAGAUUGUGUUAAACAUCAAGCACGCUCUGUCGGAGCUUGGAUCUGGGUCUAUGGACAUACAGAAUAUGAACGAUCAUUACCUCCGCGUGGUUGUUUUGCUAAAGGAGUCUACUGGUGGAAUCUCUCAGGAAGCAGUUCUGUCCAACAUACAGUUUGUUCAUUCUCCGUUUACCCUGAGUUUGAUUGCGACGCCUCCUUUCAUCAAGCCUUAUUUACCAUACAACAUCAGAGUUUUGGUGAGGGACCCACUCGGUAAACCAGCCAAAGGUAUACCAGUAAUAGCAAGAGCAAUUAUAAAAAAGGCAAACCGUGAACAGGAACAGCUCAAAUUCAGCGGAACUGGAAAUCAAAACGAAAUCAUGCAGUCAUCCAAUAAUGAUGGUGUUGCAUAUUUUAUUUGCAAUAUUCCAUAUUAUGCUGAACAAGCAGACUUUACUUUUCAAACAAAUGAUCCUACAUAUCCACAAGAAAACCAGGCUCAGCUUAAACUCAACACUGUGACUUACAAAUCUGUCAAUCAACGCUACCUGUAUAUCAAUUUACCUGCACACACCACUAUAUUUAACGUAGGUGAAUAUGCCUAUAUCAACAUCAACUUUCACUAUCAGGCCUAUCUUCCAAUGAAAAUCUUCAGUUACCAGAUCAUCUCGAAGGGGAAAGUGGUAAAGUAUGCCACAGAACGGCGGGUAGCUGAUACAGUUCAGGCAAUCAACUUUAAAGUGACAUCUGAUAUGGUGCCAUCUGCACGACUGGUGGUCUACUACAUCCUUACUGGCGAGCAGAGAGCUGAACUGGUGUCAGAUUCUGUGUGGUUCGAUGUGAAGGCCAAAUGUGUCAACGAUUUAGAUGUAAAGCUGGAAGUUGACAGUAAUUCAUACAAACCUAAUGACAAACUUAUGCUGUCAAUAAAGACUCAAAGCAUGAAUGAAAGGUCCCUGGUGGCGCUCUCAGCUGUAGAUACAGCACUGUACAACAUCAGAAGCAAUGAGGGAGAUCCAUUAAACAAGGUACUGAACCAUUUAGAAAAGACUGACCUGGGUUGUGGAGGAGGAGGAGGCAGAAAUAACGCUGAUGUUUUCAGCCGUGCUGGAUUGACUUUUAUUACAAAUGCGAAUGUCGAGCCCUUUAGCACAGAUGAGGCCUGUUCAGCUGUGGUCAGAGCCAAACGCUCCACUCUUUCAGACGAUGAGAUAGACAACUAUGCCAACAAAUACAAAAAAUUCAAACCAUGCUGCCUGAAGGGAAUUUCAUCCAUCUUGGGACUAGAUACCUGCCGUUCCGCAGCCACAGUUUCAAGCCCAAAUAAGCAUUGCAAGAAAGCUUUUUAUGAAUGCUGUAUCUAUUUCGAAAAGCAAUGGGACAAAAAAGGUCCGUUCCUUCUUCAUUCUCCAGGGAUUGGAUUUGACCUGACUGACCGGAAAAAGCGCUCUGCCCUCUCUAACCAUGAAAAGUUUGAGGAAUUUGCUAAUAGAUUUGGACCUUUAAAAAAAUGUUGCCAGGCUGGGUUUGACAGUAACCCGAUUAUGGAGACUUGUGAGGACCGUACCAAAAAAAUACGGAAGAAUAAAAAGCCGUGUAAGGAUGCAUUCCUUAAAUGUUGCAAAUAUGCCGAACAGCAGCUUGAUCAAACUGUUGGUGUCACCCUUGCUCGUUCAGAGAUUGAGUUUUUGAUGGGUGAGAAGAUAGACCAGGUUCGCAGCUACUUCCCAGAAAGCUGGUUGUGGGAAGAACAUGAAAUUGAGAAAUCUGGAUUGGCGCAGGUCAGUAAAACUCUUCCUGAUUCUCUGACUACGUGGGAGGUCAAGGCUGUUGGGAUGUUCAGCAAAGGAAUAUGUGUCGCAGAUUCCCUGCAAGUGCCAGUUCAGCAGUCAGUGUAUAUUGAUGUGCCUCUGCCUUACUCCAUAAUGCGAGGGGAGCAGAUUGAACUCAGGGGCUCAGUAUACAAUGAUUAUAAUUCAGAUACAACAUACACUGUAACUAUGUCAGCACCAGAGGGUGUGUGCAUAUUUCAAGGAACUCUUCUAAAAGAUGAACGUCACAAACAAUUAAACAAAGGCACAGUUGAAAGCCGAUCCGUAGUCCUUGUCCAGUUCUUCAUCAUGGCAUUAGAAGCGGGCAAUCAUGAGCUCAGAUUCACUCUUAGAACCAAGUGGGGAAGUGACACACUGGUGAAGACACUGAAAGUAGUGCCAGAGGGCAUUAGAAAAGAUGAAAUGAUUGGAAAAAGACUUGAUCCAAAUGGUAUCUAUGGUAACCCUGUGACAGUUAUUGAGCUCAAAAACGGCCUUCCUCUAAAGACUGUGCCAAAGUCCCCUGUGGAGCGUGAACUAACAGUAAACGGUGACCUGCUAGGAGAGAUGUUGUCAAUCAUUGUAAACCCAAAAGGGCUCAUGCAGUUGAUUAACCUGCCAGGUGGCAGUGGAGAGGCGGAGCUUGUGUCCAUUCUUCCAGUCUUCUAUGUGUAUAAAUAUAUUGAUGGAACCGAUCAGUGGGGAAAAUUGGGCGAAUAUGGAAACAAACUUGUUCUAAAGAGAAGGUUAAACAAUGGUCUCACCAGCAUUAUGUCAUUUAAGACAAAAUAUGCAAACAGUUUCACGAUGUUCAAAAACAAAGAAGCCAGCACAUGGCUGACUGCUAUGGUGGUGAAGACUCUGGCUUCUGUGUACAGUCUUGCUGAUGUGGAUCUUGAUGUGCUAUCUGGUAGUAUCCGCUGGCUGAUUAAAGACUGUCAGAAUUCUGAUGGCUCCUUUAAGGAGCUGUCCAGCUACAAGCCUGUAAAACUCAUGGGUGCCGGGGCAGAUGCAACAGAACAGUCUGUGUAUCUCACAUCGUUUGUAAUAAUUGGAAUCAAUAGUGCCUUGUCAGUUCCCAAGUCCAACUUACAGGAGUUUUUAGAUGCUGUGCAGCUCGCAGUAGAGUACUUGUUAUCCAAUGUGGCAAAAGUGAAAAGUCAGUAUGUGAGGUCCAUCGCAGCGUACGCCAUGGGCCAGGUUAACAGGAGCCAACAACCUGUAGUCGCACUCUAUGAAAAGCUUAAAGCAGAGUCGCAAGUUAAAGGAAGCCCUGCAAUUUAUCGUUUUUGGGAUGAGAAUAAAGCUAGUCAGGACCCACUGAAGCCAAACAAGGUCUCUGCACUAUCAGUGGAGACCACUGUUUAUAUGCUGCUGAACUGUUUAGACAGAAAAGAAUUACUGUAUUGCAAACCAAUCAUCCAGUGGCUCACUGAGGAUCAAAGAUAUGGAGGAGGUUUCCAUUCAACUCAGGACACUAUCCUAACACUGGAGGCUUUGACCAAGUAUAGUAUUUUAAGUCAUAGAGCUGCUUUACAAAUGGAAAUUGACGUGUCAUACAGGAAGAAAGGCAGAAUAAGCCGUGUUAGUCUGACCCAGACUAAACCUGUGGGCAAACGCAUGGCGAUUGAACAUGCCGAUGACCUCAUUCUGAAAACAGGAUUCGGCACAGGGGUGUCAUUUGCAAGUUUAAGAACAGUGUUUUAUGAAACAACGGAGAACAAUGAUAAUUGCCACUUCGACAUAACAAUAAAAAUUGAGCCCCGGGAGCCGUCUUCUAAAGAUCCUAUGCGUCUCUCACCACGUUUAGUUGCCUGUGCCAAAUAUAAACCAAUUGAAAAUGAGUAUUCGCUCGAGGCAGGUCACACAGUAAUGGAAAUUAACCUACCCACUGGUGUGAGCCCAGUCGAAGAGGACCUAAAAAAGUUUAGGGAUGGAUUCGAGAGCCGUAUUUCUGACUAUGAGAUAAAAGGCAGCCAAGUGAUUCUUCAAAUGGAUUUUAUCCCCUCUGAUGAAUACUACUGUUUGGGCUUCCGGAUUCAAGACGUGUUUCGAACUGGCAUGACCACCGGCUCUGUGUUUAAAGUGUAUGAGUUUCAUGAUCCAGACAGUCAAUGUAUAAAGUUCUACAACAUGGAGACUAAGAGGCUUCUCCGUCUCUGUGAGGGAGACAAGUGUCAGUGCAUGGCAGCUGAAUGUUGCACUUUUAAGGCCAACAUUGAUCCUACUCUUAGUAGCAGUAAACUACAUCGUGAAGUCUGCAAAGCCAACAUUAACUAUGGUUUAAAAGUAAAAAUAAUAUCAUCUGAAGAAGAAGGGGAUUUUUUGACAUACAAAGCAAGUUUGGAAACAGUUAUUGAAACAGGGGCUUAUGGAUUUUCAAAAGAGAGAACACCUGAGGUCUACUUUGUAAUGAAGGCCACUUGCACCUCAACGAAUUUAGAAAUCGGCAAACAGUACCUGAUCACGGGCAAAGAGAUCAUGCAGCUUCGAGAAAACCGAAGUUACAAGUACAAAUUCCCGCUGGAUUCGCAAGCUACAGUGCAGUUGUGGCCCACGGAUUCGGAAUGUCAGUCAAGUUCUUGCAAACAAUAUACCAAUGCUUUAGAAGCUUUUGAACUUGACUAUAUUUCUGAUGGCUGCAUUGGCAUUGUUUGACAUUUAUAACAUCUGUAUUUUCAUAUUUUCUGGAACAUUUUGACAGAUACAUAUAUUUCUAUAUACAACCUACCAUAACAGUUCCUGUUUUGUAAGAGCUAUGAAAAUACAAUGUCCUGUAAUUUUCAUAAAUCGUUUUACCCAUCAUAUAUGAAACAAUCUACAUAGUCAUUGGAAUAACAAUAAACUUAUCAACAACAUAAUAAA